CGUAUAGCGUUUCUCUCAGUUACAGACGAUGGUGGUGCGUCAGGUGGAUUUGCAGGAUGUCAUGGAAAUGUUUGGGAGGGUGACAGCCUUUCUACUCCUUUUGUACGCUGAUAUUUACCGAGCGUCCGACACCGUUCCUCUUGCCAACACAUCAGCUACUAUAGAGGACAUGUUGGAAGGAUAUGAUAUAAGACUCAGGCCAAACUUUGGAGGAGAAAGGCUUGACAUUGGGAUAGAGCUGAUCAUCGCUAGUUUUGACACUAUUUCAGAGGUGGACAUGGACUACACGAUCACCAUCUACCUGAACCAGUACUGGGCUGAUGAUAGACUUGCUUUUGCCCGCCACAAACACGGCACACCAAUGACCUUGACAGGAGACUUUGCCGAGAAGAUCUGGGUCCCUGAUACAUUCUUUGCAAACGACAAGAACUCGUUUUUACACGAAGUGACAGAGAAAAAUAAAAUGAUACGCUUAUAUGGAAAUGGAUCAGUUGUUUACGGCAUGAGAUUUACGACAACACUGGCCUGUAUGAUGGAUCUCCAUAACUACCCUUUAGACGAACAGAACUGUACUGUGGAAAUAGAAAGUUAUGGCUAUGACUUCCAUGAUCUGUACCCUCACUGGCGGAAUGGGAAGGAGUCCGUCCAGGGUGUCGACAAGGUACAGCUGCCACAGUUCGAUAUCGUCGAGUACAGAACUAUAGAAAAGAUCGAAAGUCUAUCCACAGGUGACUACCCGAGAUUGUCAUUGAGUUUUAAGCUUCAUCGAAAUGUUGGAUACUUUAUUUUCCAAACGUACUUGCCGUCAAUCCUAAUUGUGAUGCUAUCCUGGGUAUCAUUCUGGAUAAACCACGAGGCCACUUCCGCUAGAGUUGCACUAGGUAUCACCACUGUACUGACGAUGACGACUAUCAGUAAUGGGGUGCGAUCCUCCCUGCCCCGGAUCUCCUACGUCAAGGCUAUAGACAUCUACCUUGUCAUGUGUUUUGUGUUCGUGUUCGCUGCACUGUUAGAAUAUGCCGCUGUCAACUACACUUUCUGGGGAGCUAGAGCAAAGAAAAAGACCAAGAAAUUCAAAGACGGUUUGAUCACACUACAGCAGCCUGUCGACGACGAACCAGAUGUGGUCGACGAAACGCCUUUAGAAUCAGAAGAAGUGCAAAUGUCUCCUAUAGUAGCUAUUCGGAAUUCACAAGGAACUAAAAUUACAAUAGAGGAAGAACACAUGGAAACCCCGCCAAAUAUCCCCGACCUCCCGCGGACUUGUAUGUCACGUGGCUACUUACACGAUGACUUAGUGAGGAGAAAACAUAACUCAACAGUAAAUAAAAAGAAAAAGUAUUAUACAAGUGUUAAACAGAGAGCUAAAAAGUUCAAAGUGAGGCUACCUAGAGUGAAGGACGUAAACAACAUAGACCGCUAUUCCCGGUUACUUUUCCCUCUUCUCUUCCUUCUCUUCAAUGUGUGUUAUUGGGGCUUCUAUCUACUCUAGACACCCUGUCGUGUCUUGACAAAAAAUGUGUCACAUCCAUCUUUAGGAGGCUCAAAGCGGUAUCUUGAUAAAUGGUACAGAGAUUUGUGGCUUUGACUUUUAAACGAUGUCACCUGGGAAUCCUCAUAGGCUCAAAUUAAUUGAUGGGACGGUGUCCUAAUGGACUCCACGAGCGACUUCAUACAACGCGUUCUUUUGGGGUAUUGCGCAAUUGUUGUAAAUUUUGAUAGAUUGGCAUCGUUUAUAAAUAACAACUUGGUGUUAAAAUAGUAUAGAGAAAGUACAUAAAAAGGAAUUUGACAGGAACUUGACAAAUUACAAUCAAACUCUUGUUUUACCAGAACAAAUUAGAAAGGAAAUAUAUUCCUAGCUUCCAAUAAGCUCGCUCAUAAUUAUGUUAUAUCAAUACACUUUGAUCCACAAACAGCUAAAUGACAGUCUGGUGUAUUGAAAAAAACAUUGAUUGCAAUAGGUCACGUAGCUCGGCUCCGACAUUUAGGCGCCGAUGUGAUUAUAAAUAGAAAGCACGUGGUUCAGCACGUCUUAUGUUGGAGAUUUAUGUUAACCGAAGCUAACAAUGCUUAUAUGUACAAAGCAGCUCGUAACUGUUUCCAUGUUUGAACAUUUUUAUUCAUUUCAUAUUGCAAUAACCAUACUGCAUUUUUAAAAGCAUUGUCUAUAGAUUUUUGAGAUUUUCUUGUCUUCAAGCAAUACUAACUGAUCAGUCAGCAAUAUCAUAAUGUGUGUGUGUGCUUUCAUUAUCUUUCUAACGAUUUUGUAAAUAUGUGUUACCUUAUUCUGCCCACGGAGAACCAGAUAAACA